UCAGGACUAUUUUUAAACCGGAAUGAUUCCAUCAUUAUUACAUUUCGAUUAAGCUGUAAAUCAUCCACAUCCUCGAUUGACCUUGGGGAUUGGCCCUUUUUAACGGAAGAAGGUACAGUUUUAUGUUGGCCGGACUAAAUAAUAAAGAUAGUUAUUUUUUAAAUAGUUUCACAUUAAAAAUAAAGUUUACCUUUUCCAAGAUACGAUGAGUUGUCCUACGGGGAAGUUUGAACCCCCCUUCUCCAGUAGGGGAACGAAAAUAAGUUUUAUAGCUUUUAUUUUUUGACAUUAUUAUUUACUUUACAUAUUUGAUCUCAAAUCCUCAAUCUCUCUUAGCCCCUCAACUGAACCGCCUACACUGAAAUAAGGAACUCGUGCCAAAUAUUAGUUUACCACUCAUCUUUGUCGACCACAAUAAAUUCCCAAAAUAUUGAAAAUUUAAUUGAGAUGGAGUUCCUUCUUGUUGAGUGGGUGGAGGAGGCAAGGACAUACUCAGUAGUGUCAAAGGACAGACUUGUCGACGGUACACUACGUGCCUUAUCACAGGAAUUGGUCGGAAAAGUGGCUGGGGUCUUUUGGAGAGGAAAGAAGGUCUUCAUGUGUAAAAUUUUAGAAAUUGGUGAAACUGAAGGAGAAUUGACUAGAAAGGCUGAUGAACUAGCAUCAAUUGCUGAAACGGAUUCCAAAAUUCAGAAUGCACCAAAAUCAGUGAGUGGAUCCUCCGCUAAACAAAACUCAAACGGCCGACCACGUAAAACGGCUGCCACAGAUACCGUCCGUGCUCUUGAUGAAGUACUGGGUCAACUCGAUCAAGUGGAUGCUGAUUUUCAGGAUCAGGGCGCUGAUACUUCAGAAAAUCAGCCAAUUCUGAACACUGAACAACAAGGUCAAGGUGGUAAAGACUACGAAGAAAAAUAUCGAUCUCUCAAACGGAAAUACAAGGACCUGAAGAAGACGUACAAAUCUCUACAACAGUCAACUAGCACCGAGGCAGAGAUAGAAAUUUAUCCGGGCAGUGGUGUCACAAUGAAUGCAGGAGAAUUAGCCUCAAUCAAAUUGGUGUCCAAUGAACCCACCGUUACCGCUCGUAAUUUGUUUCGUCGACUCUUUACCGUGGAGGAACUUUCGACGCAUUCAUUAUUUGGGAAAAAGUGUAACGCUAACAAGGAUGCAGUUCCUCUUUCUCGAAUUGAUCAAGUGCGGUCAAACGCUGUAAUCGGUUAUAUCUUCAACGAAGCUGGACUAGAUGGACCUCCGCCUGCUGAUUUAACUGCAUCAGAGCAAAAAAGUUACUCAAAAAAGAAGAAAGCCCUUCGAAGAGAAGUUAUCAAAUCUCUUUCAGAGUUUCUCCGCGCGGAGGCUCGUAAAAUUAGUCCAUGAUUUCUUUAGAAAUAAUUGUUAGCAUAUUUACUUUUGCAGAAGAUUGCUAAUAAAA